AUGUCACCCCGCUUAGACGGCCAGAGCGCCAAGACGGCGCACGUCAACAUGAUGACGGAUACCAUUAUCACAAACCUCCCAACCGAGAACCUGCGGGCGAUUACGCGAUCGCUGCUGGCUGCUCAUCCGGAAAUCACCGCCACCUUUGAGGCAGAGACGAGGAAUUACAUCCAAGAUGUGGCCCUCCCAGCAGCCCGAACGCAGCGGCCCGCAAGUACCGACGUUGCGUGGCUCAAAAAGACCCAGGCGACGAUCCGGUGUAUGCUGGGCUGCGGGCUCAGUUCACAGAGCAUCCCGCUCAUGGAAGAGGUCGUCACCGAGGGCGUGAGACUUCUGCUCGACCCGGACACGACGAAAGAGGACACGCUCGACUCUUUGGCUUCAAUCGACGGUGACAUCGUGCAGAUCAUGACGGCCGUCGAGAAGACAUUGCUGGCGGCCUCACGGACGGUCCUUCUGGACGAAGAGCGCAAACUCGUGACAGGUCUCCAUCGGUGUCUCGUAGACUCCAGGACAGUCACAGACGAGAAAGCUCUCGAAUACCCAUACGGAAGAGCGCUCUUCUCGACCUCGAUGCUGCUGGGAGUCCCCCUUCCAACGUUUGAUACGGCAACGGAACUCGGAAGCCUGGCGCCCGGGGGUCUUACAGAAGCCAAGGAGACAUUCGAGAUGAACGGGCGCAAGCUCCCUAGAGUGUUCUCGGGGCUUUGGCAGAUGUCCAGUCCGUCCUGGGGUUCCGCGCCGACGUCCAGGAUCAUCGCCCAGUUCUCCAAGCAUCUCGAAGCGGGCAUGACGGCGUUUGACAUGGCGGAUCACUACGGCGACGCAGAAAUCAUUUUUGUAAGCGAUGCCUUCUACUGUGUUGCCCACUUCCUACUGACCAGGCCCAAGGGCCGUUUCCGAUCGGCAUACCCCGUCAAGGACGCGACGUUUGCAGCGACCAAGUACUGCGUCUUCAACCCGAUGAAAGUGACGCGAGCUGCAGUGCAAGCCAACGUCACCGAGCGAUGCCGGAGAUUGCAGACUGACAAGAUUGACUUGCUGCAAUUCCACUGGCAGUUCUAUGAUGAUCCUCAGUAUCUCGAAGCGUUGCGCUUCUUGGAAGAAGACCCCAGAGUUGCCACCUUGGGCCUCUGCAACUUUGACACUGAGCACCUCGAAGCGGCGAUAGCACACGGCGUCAAGGUCCACACGAAUCAAGUGCAGUUCUCGUUGAUCGAUUCAAGACCGACAGUGAGGAUGGGCAAGACAUGCGAGACCAACAACGUCAAGCUCCUGACCUACGGAACACUGUGCGGCGGCUUUCUCGCCGACAAGUGGCUCGGAAAGGGGCAGCCCGAUCUCUACGACGCGGCCGUCACGCCGAGCCAGCGCAAGUACUACGCCAUGAUCCGGAGCUGGGGAAGCUGGGAGCUGUUCCAGGAGCUGCUGCGGGUGCUGGAGACGGUGGCAUCGAGGCACAACGUCAGCGUCUCCAACGUGGCGACGCGCUGGGUCCUGGACUUCCCGUACGUCGGGGCCGUCAUCGUCGGGGCUCGGAUGGGCAUCAGCGAGCACACGGACGAGAACCUGGCCAGUCUGGGGUGGUCGUUGGAAGAGAGAGAUCGGGACGCGAUCGAAGACGUCUUGAAGAAGAGCAGGAGGCUGGAAAUGUUUGACGCGAUGGGCGAUUGCGGAGGAGAGUAUCGAUGA